AUGACUGUCGCGCCUACCACCGGCUACGUGGGCAGCCUCACCCCCAAAGAGGAGGCCUCCCUGCGCGAGAUGUGGACGCUGCUCUUCACAACCGUCACCUCGCUGCUCUCGUCCGUAUACGAAGUGAAACUCCCGGAGAGCUCGCCAAACGACAUCUUCAAGCUGCUCGACAAAAUCACCGAGCCCUCCAUCGACGGCAUCCUAGCCGUGCUGAAGAACCCCCCAGCCGCCAACGGCGAAACCGCCUCAGAACCCACCCCCGACGCCCCCAACGGCACCACAAUCGAACACUCCCUCGACAAGAUGAAGGACCUCGCAUCCAAAGCCAACGGCAGGGAAAUCCUCGACCAGCUGUCCAAGACAAAACUCACCCGGCCACAGCUGACCAACUUCAUGACACACCUCCGCCAGGCCCACGUCAACGAGACAGAAGUCAAAGCCAUGGAAAAGAUCCUCCUCGCCAUGUCGCCAGGCGAGAUGAUCUUCACCCUCCUGAAGCUCGUGAAACAGGAACACCCAGACACACUCCUCCUGCGCUUCCUGCGGGCGCGCAAGUGGGACGUCCCCAAGGCCUUUGGCAUGAUGGCGAACGCCAUCCUCUGGCGCCAGAAGCUGCAAGUCGACGACGACAUCGUGCCCAAGGGCGAGCUGCACGCUUGGGAGAAGUCGCGCGAUAAGAAGCUGAGCACCGCCGAGCAGAAGGAGGGCAAGGACUUUAUUUCGCAGCUGGAGAUGGGCAAGAGCUACCUGCACGGUCUGGACCGGGAUGGGCGGCCUGUGAACGUGGUGCGCGUGCGGCUGCAUAAACCGGGGGCGCAGAGCCAGGAGGCCCUGGAGCGGUAUAUCGUGCAUGUUAUUGAGUCGACGAGGAUUCUGGUUGCGCCGCCGGUUGAGACGGGGACGAUUCUGUUCGACAUGACUGGGUUUGGAUUGGGGAAUAUGGAAUACUCCCCCGUCAAGUUCAUCAUCCAGUGCUUCGAGGCCAACUACCCUGAAUCGCUGGGCCGUCUGCUCAUUCACAACGCCCCGUGGAUCUUCUCAGGAAUCUGGAAAAUCAUCCACGGCUGGAUGGACCCCGUCGUCGCCUCAAAGGUCCAAUUCACCAAAAACAUCAACGACCUCGACAAGUUCAUCCCGCGCGCGCACAUCCCCAAGGAGCUCGGCGGCGACCAGGAGUUCGAGUACAAAUACAUCGAGCCCGCCGCUGACGAGAACGCGGCCAUGCAGGAUAAAGAGAAGGGCGACGCCGUGAUGAUCGAGCGCAUGAUGAUCGGGCUGCAGCUUGUCGCUACGACGGCGGCGUGGGUUUCAGCUGCGGAUUCGGCGAAAAGUCAGGAGGAGAAGGAGGCCGUGGAGAUAUUGAAGAAGCGCAGGGAUACGGUGAUUGAAGAGUUUAGAACCAAUUAUUGGAAGUUGGAUCCGUACGUGCGGGCGAGGGCGCUGGUUGACCGCACGGGGGCGUUGUCUCCGGAUGGUACUGUGAAUAGUUUUUAG